GGCCGGCUCACUAUUUUUGUGGACUCUUAUGAGUUCUGACGUACCGCAGUAACAAAUUGCAUCUGCACGAUGUUUCAUUUGAAAAAUCUAAAUAAAAUAAGCCGUUUUACUAAGAAACCUUAAUAAAAUAUAAAAUACAAACAUUUAUUCAAUGCUUCAUGGUUUCACAUGUUUCUCAAUUAUUAAAAUAGACAAAUGCUCAUUUAAGAAAUAAUUUAACUACCGAAGACUACGUAGCUGAAUACUUAACAAGGUCCCGUAACAAAAUCUGAUCCGGGCCCCGUAAAACCUCCCACCGGUGCUGCGCCCUAGGCAGCGACACGACGACACAUUUGUUUGCUGUGUGGUUCCAAGCCGAUCCGGUGGACCGCUGUCGAUACCGCCAAGAACGACAGAAAUGGACGUGGAACGGGUGCAGACCGACGGGGAUCGGGACAGCGGGUCGUCGUCGUCGGACGAGGAAUUCGACGGUAGCGACGGAUGGCAGGAGAUGGGAUUCUGUUCCAAGGCGGGGCACUUCGCGCGGAACAUCACGGUGGAACCGCUGAUGACGCUGUUCCAGGUGUCGUCGGUGCUGUCCAGCCUGACCACGCAGAACUUGAACCUGCAGAAAGCGUGCCGCGUGAACCUGCGGCUGGACGAUCACGUGUGCGCCGGGCUGGAGAACAAGAACAUGUCGCUGUACGCGGAGCAAGAGGUCCAGGUGCAGCAGAUGGUGGCCGAUAUGCUCAUCUGGCAGACGGUGUUGCAGAGCACCAUGCCGUGCGUGCUGGUCGUGUUCAUCGGGUCGUGGAGCGACCGGAACCGGAAGCGCAAGCCGUGCAUGCUGGUCCCCGUGAUCGGCGAGCUGAUCCGCAACGCGGGGCUGCUGCUGUGCGUGUACUACUUCGACUGGCUGUCCAUGGAGGUAGCCGGCUUCGCGGAAUCCGUGCCCACGUCCAUCACCGGCGGGCUGACCGUUCUGUACAUGUCCGCGUUCGCGUACAUCGGAGACAUAAGCACGGUAAAAAAUCGAACUCUUAGAGUAGGCCUCAUGAAUUUGUUUUUUGGUGCAUCUUGGCCUAUCGGUGCAGCGCUUUCCGGCAUCUUGUUUCAACAAUAUGGAUUCUAUGGAGUGUAUUAUAUUUCUUCGGCUUUGUACAUCGUCGCUCUUCUGUACGGGAUGAUUCGUAUCAAAGAGCACGAAAAUUCAUCAAAAGGAAAAGAUCCCUUUCAGACGUCCAAGUCUUGCGUGUCUCUUUUUAGCGAUUUUUUCAAUUUAAAACACAUCAAAGAAGCAUUAAACGUGACGUUUAGAAAAGGCCCCAGAAAGAGAUGGCUUCAACUUACAAUGCUAGUGUUUACAAUUGUAGUUGUGCAAGGUCCAAUACAAGGUGAAUUUGCGAUUGCCUAUUUGGGCGCCCGAUUACGUUUCCAGUGGAAUGAAGUCGACUACAGUAUAUUUUCAACAUUUCUCUCUAUACUGAACAUUCUAGGAGUUGGAAUCGCGGUAGGGAUUUUAAGUCACUUGUUCAAAAUGGACGACGCACUAAUUGGAGUGAUUGCCUGCCUCAGUAAAGUAUUAUCAGGAUUAGUCUUUGCAUUCGCACCUUCUAAAUUAUAUUUUUACAUGGGUGCUGUCGUUGAUUCAAUGAGCAGUGUUUCGUACGUUGUGGUGAGAUCGAUCGUCUCUAAAACCGUACCUCAAAAUGAAAUCGGUCAAGUGUCAGCAGUCAUAGCAGUCGUCGAGACAAUAGUACCUGUUAUUUACAAGCCUCUAUACAGUUCAAUAUAUAGAGCCACCGUACACACGUUUCCUGGAGCGUUCUACAUAGUCGGCUCCAUAAUGCUCACCCCCUCCAUAUUUCUAUACUGGUGGAUGUAUCGAUUAAAUAAAUUAGAACCUAAGAAAACAUUUGUUACUGAAAGAGAGACAUUGAACACCUAAUUUCAGACUCAAAACUAAUCCAUAAAAACAAUCGUUAUACUUUAUACACAUUUUUUUUUUUAAUGAUUUUUUUAAAAUUAUUUUCAAUCAAAUAAUUAUC